AUGUGUGGGAUAUGCUGUGUAGUGAGUUUGUCUUCGUCUCAAUGUACACUUCACAAUCACGUCUACGAAAGGCUGCGGCGUCGAGGACCCGACCACAGCCAGGACAUCACGAGAGAGGUCUCAGACCCAGAGUACGCUUGUCUUUUCUCCGCUCACGUCCUCCAUAUGAGAGGAAGUCCGACCCCUCAGCCUCUGCAAGACGACGAUGGGAAUCUCCUCCUCUGGAACGGGGAGGUUUUCGGUGGGUUGACGGUACAACCUGAGAAAAACGAUACCAAAGUUAUUCUUGAUCACUUGUCCAUGUGCAAAAGUCCAUCAGAUGUGUUGUCCAUCCUGGGUCAGGUUAAGGGACCGUGGGCGAUAAUUUAUUACCAGAAAGAGGAGCAUUGCAUCUGGUUUGGGAGGGACUUCUUCGGGAGACGAAGCUUGCUUUUGAGCUGGGGUUUGGACCAGAGUUCCUUUACGCUGACCUCUGUGUCUUCUCGCUCUCCGGGUGUCGGUUCAUCAAACUGUUUAGAAGUACCAGCGGUUGGCGUAUACAGAAUGGACUUGAGGAGUUGGUCAAAGACUGAUAAUCUAAAAGUUGAGGUUUAUCCAUGGGGUUACCUCGAUUCUGAUUUCACAUGGGAAGGUCUUCCUGGUUCCAUCUCCUUCGUCAAGACUGAUUCUGGACUCGUUCUGUCGCCCAGAGUUCCUCCGAUGAACAUGUCCAUAACUGGUGUGGAACCAAAAUCUUGUCAGUCUGGUCAAACAUCGACAGACAAUCUUAAGGAGCUUCUAAAAGACCAGGACAGCAAAACUGUUCGGCGUCUCAUAGACGUCCUCAGCAAGGCCAUCCGGCAGAGGGUGGAGCACCUUCCCCAUCGGUCCAACCCUAAUGGCGCACAGGUGGCUGUCCUGUUUUCCGGAGGCAUCGAUUCUAUGAUUCUGGCUGUCCUUGCCGAUCGAUACGUACCUCUGGACCAACCUAUCGACCUCCUCAAUGUGGCUUUUAAACUCCAGGAACCGAAGAUGAAUCAGGGGUCAGGGAAAAAAGGACGGAAAAAAGAGCAUGACGAUGUCGCGGCAACGCUUCGACCGAGGUUUGACGUCCCGGACAGGAUCACUGGGCGGGACGGUUUGCAGGAACUCGCGUCUCUAAAUCCUUCGCGGAAAUGGAACUUUGUGGAGAUCAACGUUACGCACGAGGAGCUGAGGGACAAGAGGGUGGAGAACAUCUGCCACCUGGUGCACCCGUUAGACACUGUCCUGGAUGACAGCAUCGGAUGCGCCAUGUGGUUCGCAGCCAGAGGAACCGGCUUCGUGUCGGAGGGAGCAGGAGAGAGGCAACACAGGUCGACAGCGAAGGUUGUCCUGACGGGUAUUGGGGCGGACGAACAGCUAGCUGGCUACUCCAGACACAGAGUGCGGUUUAAAUCCUCAGGUCUACAAGGAUUGGUGGAGGAGCUGGCCAUGGAGCUGGGAAGAAUUUCCUCCCGGAAUCUCGGACGAGACGACCGGAUUAUCGCAGAUCACGGAAAAGAAGCGAGGUUUCCGUACUUGGAUGAGGACGUGGUGAGCUUCCUGAACACCCUCCCUGUUUGGGAGAAGGCAGACCUGUCUCUGCCCAGAGGAUUUGGAGAAAAGCUCCUCCUGAGGCUCACAGCUGUAGAGCUCGGACUCGGACCUUCCGCUGUACUGCCCAAGAGAGCCAUGCAGUUCGGUUCUCGAAUAGCCAAGCUAGAGAACAGCCGUGAGAAGGCUUCAGAAAAGUGCACGAGGCUGAGCUCAAGUUAGAAUUUUAAUUUGUUUUUAGGACACGGCAAGUUUAUCAGAACGUCUCCAGUCCAGUGUGAAAGUGUGUUCGAAUGCUAUAUGGAAUAAACUUCUGGAUUCCGAA